CAUGCGUACGUCAGUAACGCGCGCUGCGCCUGCGCGUUUGACGUUUAUACGGCGGUGGUGUGUUCCUGAUCCGAUUAACAACUGUCUUUACUUGUGUUUGUCACGUGCAAAAACAAUGUGAAAAGUGGUUGUUAAAAAUUUCAUAGUACCUUGUAUCCUUUCUGACUAUAUUUAUUUUUUCCCGAUACAAAAUGUGAGGUGUUUCCCUAAAGUGUUGAAGUGUAAAGUGAUGAAUAUAUCUGCUAUGAACAGAUAGUGUUUGUAUUAAAUCGAACGAUCAAAAAGGAUACAUUGCGAAACGAAAAUGCGGAUCAAGACAUUUACAGAUUUUCGCCCAAAUGGGCCACCGCCACGGCUGGGCUUGAAGGCGGCGAGCCCCGGCGCUGGGGGCGCGGGGGGCGGGGUGGAUGAGGACUGCAACAGUAACACCAGCCUUGCCGGCAGCCAGCACUCCGGGCACGACGACCUCGACGCGCACUGCGACAACUCCGGAUACCUGUGGUUCCUCGACUACAAUCCUAUCUUCCGGGACAGCACGUGCCACCACACGUCCGUGCUGUCUUCGUUGUCAGCGUCGUACAAAGGCAUAAGUGAACUCAGCUCCCGGUUCGAGUUCACGUCUCGCUACAACGACCUCGCGCGGGACCUGGACGCCAACCUCGCGGAGGCGGACAUGGAGAGCUUCAGAACAGAAGACAUACAUGCCCUCCUCAUGACCGCCAAUUUGCCGCAUGACGUCAUCGUCGAUGAUAGAACUAACGAUAGUAACCCCCGGGGCGAGAUGUUCGCCAGCAUCUCGACUUCUCUCAUGGAAAGAUUUCGCUUCGACAGUUCUCUCAGUGACCAGAGUAGUUUGCAGGGCGAAGAGUCCGUCGGUUCUAUCAACACGAUGUCUAUCUGCAAGUCGGAGCUGCUGUUCUCACCCGUGAAGGAGGGGCACGGAGUGCACUUCAGCGUGGAUAGCUUGGACUGCGAGUUGCCGGCAGAGCAAGACCUCAUCCUCACCUGCCAAGCCAAUAAGGACAACUACACUAUCGCAUUUGAAGGCAGCGUCACCAUUUACUCCGAGGACAGUGAAUGCGCCGAACCCGCCGUCAAUCAAAUACAUGACAAAUUGGGUAAGGAAGAAACUAACAUAGCAAUAGAUAGUGAUGAAAGAACGCGCAGGAAUUUAGAAUUAUUAGAGAGAUGUAAGAAAUUGACAAAUAAGCUUACAACUUCAAUGGCUAGAAGUGAUUUAGGAUUAACUACGUGGAGUAAACUUAAGAAACAAACCAGUCAGUCACCUUUAAGGAGGCAUCCCUCAGGUAAUAAUAAUGGAGACUCUAAUGAUACGACUAAUAUAACAAGCGAGAUGAACAAUUCAGUAAUAAAAAGCCAAAGUUUGCCAAAUCUUUAUAGAAGAAAAUUAAUGAGUAGCUCGAUCGCCUCGGUCGCUCUGAGCAAUUCUACGGUCGAUUCUUUCACGGCCAAUCAGAGGCUAACAGGCACGUCCACGUGCAUGAAGGUAUACGAUGUAUCACAAAACCGCUCCUCUCACGGUAGCCAACACUCGGAGCCUAUGAGCACAUCUUCUACUGAAAAUCAAACUUCCUCAGAUAAAAGCCAACCUAAACAAUCGUUCAACUUAGUUAAGCUAUUUAUGAAACAGAAAAGCAUCAGUAACGAUGGAAUAGUCACCAUGGACCAGCUUGAUAGAUCCGAAUGUUGGCCGUCGAGCUCUGGUGGUGAAAGUGCGGAGUCAAUGGGGGAACAAAAGUUAGAAGAUUUGAGAAUUCGAUCUGCAUCAGAGAGACCACAAAUCGAUCUACCCAAUGAUGAAGAGGAAACAUCGCUUGUUUAUGAAGAAAUUAAACCGAUUAAUGCUUAUAUAAGAGAAACGAAAGUGAUUGAGGAAGAAGAUGGAGCUAAAUUGAGCGAUAGCGAAUCUAACCUCUAUGCUGUAGUAAAUAAGCCUCACUUUAAACGGGCAAGUCUUCAUGUAAACAGUCCAUCCAAAGCAAGACUUACAAGAAAAUCUUGCUCUUCUCAAUCCUCUGCCACGAGUGUUAGCAUUUCGAGUUGCUCGGAAUCAGAUGGUACUCAGAUCACGAGAAUGGACAAGGUUGUUGAAAAGGAGCCCUAUGAUAACAAAGCAACGUCAACUCAUCUUGAUACCGACACAAUAGACAGGAGCAUACAGACAUCACAUAUGCAAGCUUCUAACAUAUCCCAAGAUAGAGAAUUGUUUAAAGUUGUGGAGCCUUCCUUCCUAGAAAAAUUAAAAGAAGGAGAUUGUGAGAAACCUGUUUUCGUGUUGUAUCCCAAUUAUACUUUACCCGAUAUCAGCUUUUUGAACGGAAGGCCUAAUAUUUACUUAAAUCCAUUAAAAGUAAACGUAUCUCCAAAGUCAACCGACAGUAAGAAAAACAGAAUACAAGUUAAGGGCAAAAGACCAUUUUCGUGUAAUGAUAUGGAAGUGCUAAAGAAAAAAGGUCUUGGUCACAUCAAGGAUUGGGAUUCCCUGAACUUUUUAUUACCUGUGGAGUGUAAACAAUUGCUCUCCGAAAUGCCGGAACUGGCGCAACAUAUAAAAGAAAAAGAAGGUAUGUCGAAAUGUAGUGAUAGAUACUGUAAUGCCUCUCCAUUCUCUAAGGUUAGGAACAGGCCAUUAAGUUGUGAUUGUAACAAUUUGGCAGGAAACACGACAGCAGUGUCUUCGAGCUCGAGCACAGCCACUCAACCAUCUUCAGGUUAUAGAGGAUCGUCCACGAUGUUGACCGAUUCUUCAGCACAAAAUAGUCCAGCCCCAGCGGGGAAUUUCAAUCCAUUGUUUGUAUAUCGAUACGAUUCCGCCACGAGUUCGGAAGCGAGCUGUGCCAAUGCCGAUGGCCAGAGAACAAACCUUUCAGUCCCCAAGAGGUCGUUCAGUUUAGCUGACCAAACUAGGCUGGCGAAACAAACUGAAUUAGCACCUCCGAGACCGCCGCUACCGAAGAGUAUAUUACGCAAAUCGAUGGAUAAAACUAGAAAAUCCAGCGCACAAACAAAACGUUACAGCAUGUUCGAGUUGGACGAGUUCAUGCAAGACCCAAUUGUUUGUGCUACAGCUAUAACCGAACAAAAAACGAAAAGACGUUCUCUUCAGGAGCCUUACUACUUGCAAAACCAAGCUCCAGAUUAUAGAAAGAAUAAUGAUCUAGCAGCCAAGCGACUCUCGCAGCAGUUUUUGGAUGCAGCAGAUAAAGAUGCCGACUACAAUGAGUAUUAUCAAGAUGAAGGAGUCGGAACCGAGAGCAGCUUGGAGUCGGGAAAAUCUAAUGAAUUGAAAUACUAUCGACCUCAUACGCCUCCUAUGCCCAAGCCGAGGACAAAGAAAAUUGAAUAUAUCGAUUUCCCGCCCCCUGGCGCAUUGAUAAGUAGUGCAGAUUUACAACAGCUGGAAGAAUUCCUCAAACAAAGCGGUUUCAACUGUCAAAACAUGGACGAGUGGGACCAGAAUCAAGUGCAAAAGGUAAGAAGUCAGGUCACGAAAUUCCUCCAAAUGAAGCGAUCUCAAGAAGAGAAUCAGCGAUCCACAGAUUCCAGUGGGAGUAGCUGCAACAGCAAGAAAUCUGUCAGCUUUGCACAAAAGUCUGAUGCCUUAGUUGAGGGUCAACCGUUGCAAAUGAAAGCCAUCGAUGACUAUAAAGUAGGAAGCCCUUCCACUCCACCAAAUUCACCUAACAUUUGUGCUGCUAUAAAGCAAAGACUAUACCAGGCAAAGAAUUUAGCUGAGAUACCAAUAUGCGAGGAAGGAGAAGUGAGCCCUGACGAAUUUAGCAAACCAAUAACGCACCAGGAAGGAAGAGCGAAGUAUGAUGUUAUUGAUAUAUCACAAAAGAGAGCACUCGUUUCGAAUGUAACGGAUGCCGUCGAAAUGUUGAUCCAACAUUUCUCUCCCGCGACUGAUCAAGCCGAGUUGGCUUUCCUCGGCGACUCUAAACACUCCCCGGCCUGCGCUAAGAUAGCUCUGAACGCACUGUGCCCAGCUUUGUACGCGAUAUUCAGAGACGGACUGAAGGAGAGUAUCGAAACUUCAUUUGGAGCGGUCGAUAAUUCCGUUUGGCAAAUGUUGGAAGCAACAGCAAGACAAGGUCCAAUUACAAAGUCUUUAAAUGAAUUAAUUUUAAGAAUCAACAGCGAAGACGCCGUUACAGAAGGCCUUGUCAAAUUUAAUGCAUUUAUACUGGGACUUCUCAAUGCACAAACAGUCGACGCUUGGGUGUCGUAUGUCAGAACGAGAGAAUCCAUUCUGGCCAAACAUUACGGACCUGAUUCCCUGAUGUUGGCGGGCUGCAUCGGCGAGCCGCGCUGCCGAGCGCUACUGGACACGCUACUGGCCAGCCUGGAACCACUGAAACUGCUGCCUUUCUCGCUAGACCUCAUGUUCGAGAUGAGAGAACUACACAGAAGCUUCAAGAGGAUUGAAAGCGACAUGCGCGCUGCCAGCCGAGACGACUGCCUCACCAGCGUCAUAAUGCGGCACAAAGAGCCCAAAAAUAAGGAGCCUUCCACACCCGACUUACUUGACGACUCGGCCAACGUCAAGACCACUAUAGACAGACACCGGCCUCGGUCGUGCGUCAACCCGAGCGCGGGCUACGACGUCUGCCCCAACAACAGCCGUAUUGACUUGGAGGCCAACCGCCGCUGGUCGGGCGUGCAGCUCGGCUCCAAGCUGAUGCAGGCCUUCGACCGCCUCGUCUUUGACGACAGUGACGAUUACACAGAUAGUUUAGAGAAUAAUAAGCCCGCCGCCAAAGCCGGCACAGAUCCAAAGCUGGAGUGCAGCGGCGAGGAGUGGCGGCCGGGCUCCGCGGGCAGCUGUGCGAGCGGCAACACCGGCGGCGGCAGCAACACCGGCGGCAAGUUCCGCAGACUGCAGCUCAAGUGGGAAAUGCUCAGUAACGCAGAGAGCCCCGGCACGCCGUCAGGAGAGACGUCCCCAGCGGCGGCGCGAGGCUCCAAGAUCCCACGGCCGGUGUCGUCGCCGGUUAGACCCGCGGCGCCGCUCGCCAUGCUGCCCUCGCCAGCCAAAAACGCGCAACGAGGUAUCCCAGUUCCUGUUCGUAAGAGUACAUCACCCACGACAGCAAACCAACGCACCAUUCCCAGGGGAACUAGCAAUGCGAAGAAACCUCCGCAGCCCGCGAACCGAGCGGCACAGGAGAAGCCGGCGAGAAGAUCCCUCGGGAACAAACCAACUACAAACAAACAACAUACCAACGACGCUGUUGCUAAAAACACGUCCAAUGCUAAGAAAUCUCCGUAUGUAUAUUUAGAUGGGAUAAAACUAACUCGACUAACUUGUGCCGUUUAUUUUCUCGCUAAUAUGUUUCCCGCCGCGCCGCGCCGCGCCGCCUCCUCCUCCGCCGCGCGUGCACACGCCGCACACGCCGCCCCCAAACACAAGUACGUGAGAACGCUGUGGCACCGGCUGCCGUCGGACUCGGGCCACCUGGCGUUCAAGGAGGGCGAGCGGCUGCGGCUGGUGCUGGAGGUGGACGACCAGUACCUGCUGUGCUGCCGCGGCGACCACAAGGGCCUCGUGCCUCGCGACGCCGUGUUGCCCGACGACUUCUGAUACCGGCAGCCCUAGCGCGACUGGCGCCCACCCGUGCCCCCACGCGCCCCUCCGCGCCCCUCCGCGCCCCCCCGCGGCCCAGCUGUAGCACGCGCAGGUACUCAGAGUCAACCCCUUCACUGAACAUUGUAAAGUGCGUGAUAUCGUGUGACUUGAAUGUGAACGAUGUGCAAUAUAACGGGACUUCAUUAGGGUUGCCAACUGAUGUGAUAUAAAAAACUGCUGGUCAAUGGUGUUGUAUAUAGUCUGUAUUUAGUUUUUCCGCACUAUACUGUUUUUUUCUUUCCAUUUCAAUGUUACCCAGUUUAUUGUUAUAUAUUCACAAUUAUCGCUUUCAUUAUUUGACUUCUGUGUUUCGUGGCGAAUCAAAGAAACUCCGGAAAUUGACAUGUUUUUUGUAUGUAUUUUAUAUUUUUAUUUGGAACUUAUCAGUAUUUUUUGUGUAACGAUUUUUCAACGUUAUUCAUAGAAGUCUUUUAGAUAACAGAACGAGAUCACAGAAAUAUAAUCACAUCUAUUUCUUUAGUAAAAUCUAGUCUUACGUUUUAAGGCAUGACUCUUUGUCUUGGGACUGUAUAUAAAUUGUUAUAAGGGAAACACAGAUUGUGGGAAUAUUUACUGAGAACGAUGACGUUAAAAUCGUUAACGGUAAACAUUUCAUGCAAUUGGACGUGAUACGUAUAGAUAAAUUAUUUAAUUUAAGGACAUAAAUCUCUUUUACUUAUAAUAUACAAAUAUAUCAUCACCGCUGAGGGAAAGACGUCUUAAUUGUUUUUUAGAUAAUUUCAAUGUGGAAUUGAAGCGUAGUUAGGGAUACCGUUUGUAAGAUAGAGUUUUAGUACUUGUCGAUGUUUAACCAUUGUCUACGUGUAUAAUAUCGUAGCAAAAUUACCAAUAUUAGAACAUUUAUGUAGAUUCCUUUGAUAGUCCUGAUCUUGGCCACUAAAUAAGUCAUUUAGUGGUAUAUUUUAAACAUAGACUGGUGUUCCAAAGG